CCGCGCAGGCGCGCGCGUUCCAAAUUCAAAUGUGCGUAGCUUUUUUACACCGAAAGUGACAUAGAUAAAUUGGUGUUUUUUUUUUUCUUAUUUAUUGUGUUCUUUUUUUAAUUUUUGUUUAAAGGCGAUUGAUUUCUACGGCCAAAGAACCAUACAAAUGUCAAGACCUCCGCAAUUUAAAUAAAACUGUCUUCUCAUUUGGGAUUGAGAUGAAGUGGUUUUUCGGAAGUAUAUUUGCAUAUUAAGGAUGUAUUAAAUGUACUUUUUAGUAGAAAAAUUGUUUACAAAAACUAAAGUUUAAUUUAACCAAACAAAGCUAGAAAGUAUAAAAUUAUGUCAGUAAAUAAUUCAUAACCUCAAAAUUUAAUCUGUCAAAUACAAUCGGAGGAUAAAGCGCGCAAUUGAACAUGUCAAAACUAUAAGAGAGAGAAAGAGAUAUAUUAUUAGAAGAUGUCGACGAGUAACGACCUGAGUGAUAUGGACUCGUCUCCUAAACUGCGGAUGAAGCCUGCAGUUAGCAGAAUAUUUUGUUGCAGCGUUACUGCCGCUUCAGGAUUUAUUGCAGCUUAUGCUUUGGUGGCUUACGUGAUCGCGCUAGUGUAUGAGAUCGUGUGGGUGGUGGAGUCCCAGGGAGGGCUGCCGGUUGCCUCCGCGCUCCUCAUGAUCUGUUAUUGCGUCGUCAUCGCUGCCACCGUCACCCUUGUGCAUGGAUUAAUAUCUGUGAGAUAUUUUAUAUUUACAACUGUUAAUACUAUCAUAUUUAAGUCUACUAUUGCGGAACUAGCGUGCUACGUGGCCCGGCUGCCCGCCAUCGUGUGCGGAGUGGUGUUGGUACAGUCGGCGUACGCGCUGAGGGAGGCCAGGAAAUCAGGUUACGUGAACGGAGCGCCGGUUAGCGGCAGUGAGUUCGACGCCAGCCACUACGUGCCCGAGGCGCCCAGCGCGUUCACCAAUGACGGCUUCCUGCCUGACAAUAGUAAAUCCGGCUCGAUGCCGGACCUCCGGCGUCACUUAGCGACGCGUCAGUCGAUGAGCCACGGCUACCCCGUGGUGCUGCCGCAGCCGCCGCCCGCCUACUGGCAGCACCUCUCCGACAGACAAUACGCUGCUAGUCUGCGAGGAUACCCGAAGCAGUAUUCCUCGCCGCAGACGUACGGCACCUGGGUAGGGCCCAGGGGACAUGACAAUCCAUACAAACGCAGACACUCCGUAGUCGGUGCAUUCACUAAUGACGAAUAUCCACCGAAAAGCUACGAUCCAUAUGACGAUAGAAUGGAUUGUAAAAGUGAGAUCGCGUAUCCAUAUUACCGACCGUAUCCAUACGAUCCAAGGAUGUACCCGGAUUUCGAUCCGCGAUUCUAUCCGGAUUAUAAAAGGGAGGAGGCGGCGUAUGGUGUUAAUCUGUUAAGACACGAUCCGUAUCAGUUCAGUGGAUCUAGAGAGAGAGUGUUUUAUAACGUACGGAAUAGUCACACGUCGGUCGGCAACGAGUCCGAUGAUUUGACCAAAUACAAGGAUGUUGCGUUGUAAAAUGUAAAAACUGGUGGAAUAUGUUUAAAAAAAUGUGAAUAUUUAAAAGUAAAACUUUAUAAUCGUUGAAGUUGUUUAAGAUGUGUGUUUUGAAGUUUAAAAUAAUUACUGUUUAUACAGUUGUCGCCAUAUCGUGGCAGAAAUGCAGCUCUAACAAUUAAUUAAAGUACUUUUUCCUUAAAUGGAGCACCGUGAAUUUCCGCGACUGUACCUAAUAAUUGUAAAUAUAAAUUAUGAUUAUUAAGUACCUAUGAAUAUUGUGUAAAUGGAAAUAUAUGUUACGUGUAAGAAAUAUAGACAUUGGACUGUAUCUUGUAGGAAAUAAAAUAGGUUUUGGAUAACCUUCCAAAAAUCCAAAUCCUUAACAAAUAUCUGUCCUAACGUUUCUUGUUUUCAUCUGGUAUCUAAUAUAUGAUACCGAUGACAAACUACCAAAUAAAAAUAUCAAGUUACAGUCUUUUGUACGUUUUACACAACAAAUCUUUAAUACUUUAGACUUAAAUAGGUGCUAUUUUUAAAUAUUUAUAAUUUGACCCUACUUUUUUUUUAUAACAAAAG